AUGCGUUUCGCCAUCGCCGCUGCCCUCCUCAUCGCUGGAGUCAGCGCCCAGUCCAUCAGCGACAUCGAAGCCUGCGGUGACGCCAUCCUGUCCGGAAUCGACACAUCCGCACUUGACGCCUGCGCCAACAAGAGCACAAAGGACUGCGUCUGCUCUAACGACUUCUCAGGCCAAAUCAGCGAUGAUGCCGUCAAAGCCUGCAAAGACGCCGGGAUCGACCCAGACGACCUAAAGAAUUCCUUCUGCUCCAGCACCAGCGACAGCCCCGCCGCCCCAGCCCGGCACGCAAGCAGGCCCAUGGAAAUGGCGGACACCAAGCGCGCCUACGCUCCUCCUGUUGCUGACGCUGAGAUGGGCUCCGCUGAGCCCGCUGCUCCCCGUGUUAUCUACGUGACCGAGACCAAGACUGAGUGUGGAUGCAAGCCUACGCCUACUGCUUUCGAUCCUUCGCACUUGGCUCAGAUCCCCGUUAAUGUGCCUACUCCUAGCAGCGUGGGUGGUAUGGCUGUCGCUUCUUGGCCUGCUUCGUCUAGUGGGGUGUUUGCUGGGGCUUCUUCUUCUUCGCGCUUGUUUGGGUCUGCGGCUACUCCUGGACCUUCGGGUGCUAGUGGGCAGCAUUUCAAUUCCUUCCAGGGUGCGGCGCCUCAGCUUAGUGCUGUGCAGGGUAGUCUCGCUGCGCUUGGUGUAGCUGCUGUUAUGGGAUUGAUGAUAGCUCUGUAA